UCUAGAAAAUUCUGAGUCUUUCAGCACAUACUAAAAUGUCACAUUGAAAACCAAUAGCAUUUCAAAUCGUAAACUAAUUUGAGCUUAUGGUAUGCUCGUGAUCGCAGUAUCACGUAACGAGCUGAAGUAGAAUUUUAGAUUGUUCAAAUCACCGACCGAAAUGGCCGCCGUUCAAAAGAAUACACUGCCUUCGUUUUCUUCCAUCAUUUCUGUUCUGUCUAUUGUGUUUUACUGCGUUGGGUUUAUAAGAGUAGAACUGGAGAUGAACGAGCAGAAGAACAGAAUAAACGCUCUUGAAAACAUUGCAGAGGCCAAGCCGAAGUCAAACGACGCAGACAUGAAAAUCAAGAAUGCUGCUGAAAUUCAAAACAUGCGUAGAAACAGACGUCACGUUGUAUCAACUAAGAACGCGUCUGAAACUGACGGUACAGCGGAAACGAUGCUCAAAAUAAACAAACUCUUAUCAUCUGGGAGAUUGUAUCUCUGCCAGUCCAAAGGUGUCACGUGUUCAUCAGGUCCGCCAGGCCCUCCCGGUCCACCUGGGACAAAAGGAGCCCGGGGACGAAGAGGACAGAAAGGAAGAACUGGAAACAAAGGAGAACAAGGUAUUAUGGGAUCGCCAGGAAAGAGCGGCAAACAAGGCAUUAUGGGACCUGCGGGGUUAGAGGGAGAGCCUGGAACCAAAGGCGAGAAAGGAGAUAUAGGGCCUGCAGGCAUGCCGGGAACGAAAGGCGAGCCCGGCGAAACGAUAUCAUCUCCUGCUGUUUUUGUUUCUCCUGUGACGUUGACAGUGAACGAAGGUGGACCAGCCUCGUUUCAGUGCUCGGCCAGCGGUAAUCCUGUGCCAGCAGUAGCGUGGAGUAAACUGAACAAUCAGUCCGCAGAAAUCGCUCAAUCAGCGGUUUCAAAAGGAAAGUUGCAGUUAAAUCAUGUGACAGGAAGUGACGCAGGAUUGUAUCAGUGUUCAGCAACAAACAUCCUGGGGGAUUCACGCGAAGUGGUGCGAUUAACUGUAAAUGUUCAUCCUCGUGUUUCUUUACAUCCGGGACCUUCUUACGUCAUCGAAGGAAGUAGCUUCACUUUACCCGCCUGUCACGUGACCGGAUACCCUGCUCCUGUGGUCACCUGGAGGAAGUCGUCUGGUCAGUUACCCCAGGGGAGGGCACAGUAUAACAACACUGCUUUACAAAUCUCAAAUGUCCGUAAAGUUGAUUCUGACGCCUACUUCUGUUCAGCAGUUAACCUUUUAGGAAAUGUUGAAAGGAAAACUCUACUAGUUGUGAUUUCACUUCCUAAGUUCACCGUUAAACCGCCUGGAAAGGUUUUUGCUGCUACUGGCGAUACUUUAACCUUAAACUGCAGUGCCACCGGUGAUCCACGACCAGUCAUCAGCUGGAAAAGACAAGGAGCAGCACUUCCCGUGGGGAGGAGUCACAGGACAAACGCUGCCCUUGUCUUGGGAGAUUUGAAAGAAGAAGAUGCUGGGAACUACAUUUGUGUGGCUACAAGUGCAGGAGUGUUUCAUAUCGAGACAAUAAGUGAUCUUGAAGUUUUAGCAAGAGGCAAAGAUUGUUCUGAACUGUUAAAAUCAGGCCAUACUCAGAGUGGAGUGUACUCUAUCAACCCAGACGGUACAGGACACUUCAGUGUCUACUGUGACAUGAGCACUGACGGUGGAGGCUGGACCGUGUUUCAGCGAAGACAGGAUGGCUCGGUAGACUUCUAUCGGGGAUGGGACGACUACAAAGCAGGCUUUGGUCAGCUGACUGCUGAGUUCUGGCUAGGAAACGAUAAGAUCCACAGGUUGACAGCCGCUAGGCCCAGCUCUCUACGAGUCGAGCUAGAGGACUGGAACGGAGGCAAAGUGUAUGCCAAAUAUGGUAAGUUCAGGAUUGGUGAUGAGCAGGCGCAGUAUCGACUUGAAGUGGGUUCAUAUUCGGGGACAGCGGGAGAUUCGUUUGUGGAGCAUAGUAACAUGGCGUUCACUACAAAAGACAGAGAUAAUGACAGAUGGAGCGGUGGAAACUGUGCUGUAUAUAGUAAAGGCGCCUGGUGGUUAAACAAUUGCCACUACUCCGAUCUAAACGGAAAAUACUUGGGAGACAAAACUAAUCGCGAAGGUGUCAAUUGGUACAAGUGGAAGAACACGUAUGCCUCACUCAAAUUUACUGAAAUGAAGCUAAGACCGUCAUCGUAGAAAUAAUACCAGUACAUUACACCUGAGCUUUUGCAAUUGUUAUGAAAUUGUAAUUUAGUACAAAGCUCCUUUGCAGCGGCUCCCUUCCAUCAACCCCUCGGUCCGGUUACCAUUGACUCCCUGUUUGCGUUUCUGAUCUUUUCAACUUUCCCAACCAGUGUGAAAAUAUUUCGAUCUUUCGUUUUGAUGAUGGACAGGUAUAUAAACUCUUUGACGCUGUGAUUUUGUUUUCUUUUAUCAUUUUUCAAAAGACCGACUCCGAGAGCUAUUUUCGUUCCCAAAACCCUGAAUCCUUUGAUCUACCGGGGUUUCUUUUGUCACGACAGAAUCGAGUAGUGAGGCUAACGCUAGUGUGGCAUGUCACGCACCUCAUAGGUGUCUUUAAUUAUAUAUUAUAAUUAGUUUAUGUUGUACGGAACAUUUUAAGAAAACGCUUCCAAAAGCCUAUAAGAAACUGGAGAAGAUCAAGAAAAUGUGCCAGAGACAGCUAUAAUAAGGGCGUUGCUGUCAGGCAAUUAGGGUAACAAAGGAAAACCAGUAGAGAGAAUAAGAAUCACCUUCAACGGCAAACCUCCGCUUGCCGUUGAUUCACUGUUUGAUUUUUCUCGAAUCCGUCAAUAUAUUUAUAUGACAAAGUUUAAAAAGGCGUCCCUUUUACGGGAACAAUUGUAGAAGAAGAGCUUAAGAAGAGCCAGCCUUGAUAGAUUGAUCGUUGCAUAUUUCAUUAACUGUAGAAAGCCAGUAUUAAGCUAACAUAUUUGAUAUCGUCCACUGUAAUAGACUCCUGACAUGACAAUCAAAUAGAAAUUAAUAAUAAUAAUAAUAAUAAUAAUAAUAAUAACAAUAACAAUAAUAAUAAUAAUAAAAUUUAUAGAGCGCCAUUUCCCAAUGGUUCAAUGGCGCUUUACAAGUAAUAAAUUAUCCAACAAGAAAGAAGAAUGCGACAGAAAGUUGUAUAAGUCUACUUCGAUGCUUUUGUACUGGCGGUCGAACAAAGAAUAGGUGAGCGGGUAAAUCAGUGCGGGUAGACAUGUUUAGGAGUUAGUGGUGGAAUUGUAAUAAGAUUUUCUGUCAAUACAAUUUGCCUCGGCUCUUUUUUUGGUGAAACGUGAAAUGGCCAUCUUAUUUCUUGGAAGUGUAAAUGUUCCAUUUUGUUUUUUUUGAAAGGUGAUUUUGACUUCCCUUUUACCAUCCUCUUUCUGAGAACUCUAAGAACGUUGGUUACGCUAUUUCAAAACUACAGUUAAAAUUUCCAGCCACUGAAAUAAGAAACACUUAACUUGUAAGUGAAUGAAAGCUUUAGCUUUGUCCGUGAUUGAGUAUCUACCUAUUACCUAUCUUUGCUUGUUUGUAAGAAACCUGUAAAAAAGGAUUGUACACGGUAUAUAAUAACAUAAUAGUGCUACUUGAGUUGUAGUAACUGAGUAUAUUUGCUUUUAGUUUUUGUAACUCCUCUCUCUCCUGAGUAUUAGCGUAAAUUACAUUUACUUUUUCUUUCCUUUAUCUGUGAAUACGAGGCAGCCAACUUGAAAGCUCUGCUGCUUUGGCUGCUGCACGCGUAUCUAAAACUCAUUUAGAAAACAGUCCUAAGAAAAUACGCGCGCUAAUUGGUUAAAAAUCGUGUUUCUAUUUAACAAUUAG